AUGUCAUUAACUAAUUCUACCAAAAUUUUUAUUGGAAGUAUACCUAAAGAUGUUACAGAGGAAGAGUUAAAGGCAGAAGCGUCAAAAUAUGGUACAAUAACUCAAGUUUAUUAUGUACCAGCUACAGCUCAAAGUCCAAGGGGAUGGGCAUUCAUUACUUAUGAACAAAGAUCAGAAGCAUAUAAAGCAAUUGAAGCUUUAGAUUAUAAAUGUAUUUUUCCAAAUAGUCAAAGACCACUAGAUGUGAGAUUUGCUAGUUAUAAAUAUAAUAACCCAACAGAUAUACAGGCAGCUAAUAAAAAUAUUUGGCAAAAACAUGUAACAUCAGAUGGACACCCAUAUUAUUAUAAUUCCAUUACUGGACAUUCACAGUGGGAAAAACCAAAAGAAAUAUUAACAACAAAUUAUACAGGAAAAAGUACAGUAGCAUCAUUUGGGCCACCAGGUGCAAAUGUUUUUGUUUUUCACUUACCAUCACAUUGGACAGAUAUGGAAUUAUAUCAACACUUUCAACAUUUUGGAUAUGUAAUAAGUGCAAGAAUUCAAAGAGAUUCCAGUGGAAGAAAUAAGGGAUAUGGAUUUGUGAGUUUUAAUAACCCUGAGUCUGCUUUAAAUGCGAUUAAAGGUAUGCACGGAUUUUAUGUAUCAGGAAAACAUUUAAAAGUUCAAUUAAAAAAAGGAGAAGAACAUUAUGUGCAAAUGAAUUCACCUGCACAACCUCAACUAACCCCUGCUCAACCAUAUUCUGUUCAACAGCCAAUAAUAGGAAAUCAUCAUCAACCAUAUAUGACACAUUUGAUGUAUGGAGGUAUGGAUUCCCCAAAUCAAAUGAGAUACAACACAUAUUCACUAAGUAGAUAA